GCCGCCGGGACGCACGGGACUACCUUACGAUAGAGAAACUGACUUAAACUAACCCAACCCAACCCAACCAAACGUAGCCUGAACGCAAACUGCAAUAAAUGAGGCGACGAGAAGAUCUAGGACACGUUCAUCGGAUAAUGAGGUCCAGAAGGAGUGCGCGAGUGUUGUCCCUCAUCAGGCCACUCCGCUGUCCUCCAGAGGGACAGUGUCAUGGCCCGCCCCCAUGAGGAGGAGCUCGUCUUCAAACGAAACACAGUCUGGAUAUGUCUGCUAUGCCCAGACCUAUGCCCCUGCAUAUGGACAGGCACGGAAUGUGGAGCCAUCAUUACAUUGCAGAGCAUGCUCGAGCAGGCAGCCAGCCAGCCAGUGGGGAGCUCAGUGACGAGAAUCUUCCAGUGCACACUAUGAUGAGGGCAGAAUUAAAAGAUGGACGAUUAUCUGAAGCUCGGGAGAGCUGCAAUAAACAAACAAGGAAUCGCUUUACAAGGCACGAGAAGGUGGUUCAGCGAGAGAGAGAGAGAGAUUUGGGCCAGCGUCGUUGCUUGUGACUGAAGACUGAUGGCCUCGAGCCAAGCGAACCACGUAACCCACAGUACCAAGUAACCAUACGUGCCACGUACUGACGUCUCACGGAUCACGAUCUCCUCGCUUUCUUGUUUCGAUCGACGACACAGUACGUCCGCUUGCUUCCUCUCCUCGUCUGUACCUGGUUACCAACUCCCCACGAUCUUUCACUCGGAGACCGGAAUACCUACAGUAGGGAGUCCUCGUCCUAUGGUCACCGGCUAGAGUUGUCGCCUCCGCACAGAGCCGGUCGUUUUCCUGGCUUUUAAUUCGGACAAGUCGGACCUUUCUGUAGUUUGACAUGACGACACGUGGAUUUUUUGGGUUUUUUUAAGAUGCGGUGUAGGCUCUCUUCUUCAAUUUCUAUGGUGCUCAGUGAGUUCGUGUUUACUUUGCUGGAAACAUUCAGAAGGUGGUCAAGUUGACGACUGUUAGAGGUCUUUCGAUUGACCAUGUUGGUCCUAUUAGUGCUUGUACUGGUGAUGCCAUCCAUCCAGAUUUUUGCUCGAGCGAAUCUACCUCCCAUGAGAAUUAUUUCAUGAGAAUUUAUAGUGAGGUUGAGUUUGAAGAUAAAGGGAGG